AAUGUCAGCCGAAACCGCCACCCCUGAUAUUGAUCCCCAUCACGAUGAUGAUGUCCACGAUUCCAAUUAUCAACCACCACCAGAAAAAACAAUUGAAGAAAUUAUGGCUGCCGAUCAGGAAGAUGAAAGUUUAAGACGUUACAAAGAACAAUUGCUGGGCGAGGCCCAGGCGGAGAAAAUCAUUGUGGAUCCCAAUGAUGAACGCAAAGUAUUGGUGAAAAAAUUGGCGUUGGUCUCAGAGGGUCGACCCGAUAUGGAAUUAGAUUUAACCGGUGAUUUAACCCAGCUUAAAAAACAAGUUUUUGUCAUAAAAGAAGGUGUCCAAUAUAGAGUACGCAUUGAUUUUAUUGUUCAAAGAGAAAUUGUGCAUGGCCUUAAAUAUGUACAAAAGACUUAUCGUUUAGGUGUCCCUGUUGAUAAAAUGACACACAUGGUUGGCUCAUAUCCCCCCAAAAAGGAAAUCCAAUGCUAUAUUACACCCCCGGAGGAGGCCCCAUCCGGCAUGAUGGCACGCGGUACUUAUUCGGUUUCAUCCCUCUUCACCGAUGAUGACAAACACCAACAUCUCAAAUGGGAAUGGACAUUUGAAAUAAAAAAGGAUUGGGAAUAAAAUC